AUGGCUACACAGAGCAGUACGAUGAUACCGCAAUAUCCUGCGGAACGAGCUGUGGACGGAAACACAGGAACCACUAUGUACCUUCUGAACGAAUGCACACACACGCACUGGGAGUACGAGCCGUGGUGGAAGGUUGAUCUUGGAGACACUUACGUCAUCAGUCACGUGACAGUCAUUAACCGCGGAGACUGCUGUGGAGAACGACUGCGAAACUUCAUGGUACGAGUCGGUCCAUAUGAGGACUUCCUUGAAAAUACACCAUGUGGUGACAUUUACUCGGAAACUCCAUCGAAUGGAGAGACUAUAGACGUGCGGUGUGAGGAGCCCAUCUCAGGGAGGUGGGUGUCUGUCCAGCUGAUCGGCCGGAAGGACGUCCUGUCUCUGUGUGAGGUACAGGUGUUUGCAGGGACAGUUUUAGCGGAUAACAUCGCUGAAGGGAAGCCGGCGUUCCAAACCUCGGUGGUGUGGGGUAUGGUCGCCGGUCUGGCCGUUGACGGGAACACCGACACUGACUAUUACCAUGACUCCUGUCAGCACAAUGAGGGAGAAACCAACCCCAUGUGGGUGGUCAUCUUCAACCGCAUGGACUAUGGUCCAGAACGACUCAACCCCUUCAACAUCCAAAUUGGGAAUUCCUACCAGGUAACCAUGAACCCCAAGUGUGGAGGGGACCAUUACAUCGACGUGAGCCAGCCUUCUAUUUCCGUCUCCUGUCAGGGGAUGUCGGGACGGUACGUCGGGGUCCGUCUGCCCGGAUACUACCGAACCCUGACCCUGUGCGAGGUUCAGGUGUAUUCUAAUUAA